AUGAGGCUUUAUGAUAAAUUAAUAUAUUCCAUAUUUAUAUGUUUAAUGUACGGAAACGACCUGCAAAUCAACGGUCCAUUAUUAGUAGAUUCAACCUGGGAUUGGCUAAAAAAAUUCCUUUGUAGCGGUUGCUGUGGUUGUAAUUCCUGUGAUUCAGAUUGCGGUGGUUGCGAUUCCUGUGGGUCUAGUAGUUCCAAUUCAUCCCCGAAAACUAACGAUAAUGCCGACAAAACUACAGACCCAAAUGUAAAGACAACCGAAGUUAAUAUUGAUAAGGCAAUGGGAACAGGUUACAAUUCUAACCAAGGAGGUAAUUACAAACUUGUAUUCAAACCCACUGGUGAUUAUUCUAUUAAAGCUGUUAAAAAAGGAACUACUGAAAUUUGGAAGGCCGAAAAGAAAGAGGACUAUUCAAAGGAAGUGAUAUCAGAUUUUGCAAAACACAUUGUUACUAUUAGUAUAGGUUCCGACGGAGCCACUAAAAAAGUAUUUAAGAAGGGAUCUGAUAAUAAAUGGACAGAGACUAGUAAAGAUGCAACACAGAAUGGUGGCUCCGACGGAUCUGGAGGUGGAGGGACUGGAACCAGUCCCACGAGCGGUGGAACAACCGGUACUGGUAAUUCGACUGGUACGGCUGCAUCUGGUGGAGGAGGAACUAAGCAAUCAACACCUGCUGCACAGUAA